UUGCUCGCUUUUGACGUCAUUUAUUUUGCGACGCGGGGAGGUGCAUUUCGAUUGGUUCGUCGUCAACAAAGCAGAUCCGUGGAAGUUUGCGUUCGUCUUCUGACUCGAGUGUGAUUUUCUGAAGCAAAGGAGAAAAGAAGAAGAGAAGAAACAAAGAAAGAUGAAGAUAAAGAGUCUCCAUAGAAAAGAGCCUCCCAUAGUCAUGCAGUGAGGUGUCUAAUGGCCUCCACGCCAGGGCUUUACAUGCGAGAAAGGAAUCUUGGAAGAGAAGAGGAGCCAUUCUUGGGCAGAGAAGAGUUUCUCAAACCAAGAGUUUCCCUCUGCCGACAAUAGCAUGGAUGAAACACUGGCACGCAUGAAAGAAGAGGAUUGUCAGUGGGACGCAUCGGAGGAAUUGUAUAUAAAGCUGGAAAAUGGUGAAGGAAGAGUUCCCGUUUCCAAAGAGGAGGAGUCUGAGAGGGAAAUUACUAGGAUAACAAGUCAGUAUUCAGAAAAUCUGUCCCUGAGUGUGGAUCAGCAAAAACGUGAAGCUGAAAUUCUUUUCAAGGAAGAAUUUUCUGAAGAGUCUCAAUCCAGUUGGCAGCCUGGGCUCACUGAAACGGGUCAAGUGUUUACUCCACAGAAGUCUGCGGAACUGAAAUCUGAGUUAUUGGAGUCUGAAGAAAACGGGAGUGAAGCAGAUCAGCAGCCGUCGCCAAGGAAUGUUGGAAUAAAUUCGCAGGAGAAUGGCAGCCACUCCCUGUCUACAUUUACUCAGACCUCUCCUCAGUGCAGACUACAAUACAAAGAGGACAAGGAAAAGCUGAAGAAAUCAACAAGAGAACCAGAAAAUGUGGCAGCAGCAGAAUCUUUACAAUGUCCUCCUGAUGUCAAACUAAGAUGGGUGGAAGCCAUCAAAACUCAGCAAGUGAAUAAACCUAUCAGAAUUCAAAAUACAGAGAAGCCUCCGUGUUGUUUAGAAUGUGGCAAACAGUUUUCUCGAAUAAGUCAUCUAGAGAGGCACUUACGAAUUCAUACAGGAGAGAAGCCAUUUGGCUGUCCUGAAUGUGGCAAACAAUUUUCACUAAAGCACAAUCUCCAAAGUCACAUAAGAAUCCACAGUGGAGGAAAACCUUAUUGCAGUUCUGAAUGUGGGAAACAAUUCUCGGAGAGUGCAAAUCUUAAUAUUCACAUAAUGAAUCCCACUGGAGAAAAACCCUUUUGCUGUCUUGAAUGUGGCAAAUGUUUCUCACAAGCAAGACAUCUUAAGAGCCACAAAAGAAUCCACACUGGAGAGAAACCUUAUUGCUGUUCUGAAUGUAGCAAACGAUUCUCUAACAGUAGCACUCUUCGACAGCAUAUACGAAUUCAUACUGGAGAGAAGCCCUUUGGCUGUUCUGAAUGUGGUAAACUAUUUUCACAAGUAAGCGCUCUUCAUAGGCAUAAAAAAAUCCACACUGGCGAGAAACCCCAUUGCUGUCCAGAAUGUGGCAAGCAGUUCUCAGUACUAAGCCAUCUUCAGAGGCACACAAGAACCCACACCGGAGAGAAACCUUAUUGCUGUUCUGAAUGUGGCAAACAAUUUUCUGACAGCAGCACUCUUCGGCAGCACAUGAAAAUUCAUACUGGAGAGAAGCCAUAUUGCUGCCCUGAAUGUGGUAAACAGUUUUCAUAUAUAAGCUAUUUUCACAUCCACAAAAGAAUCCACACUGGAGAAAAACCUUAUUGCUGUUCUGACUGUGGCAAGAAAUUUCUCAAAAAUAACAGUCUCCAAAAGCACAUAAUAACUCACACAGGAGAGAAACCCCAUUGCUGUCUUGAAUGUGGUAAACGAUUCUCACAAAUAAGCCAUCUUCAGAGCCACAAAAGAAUUCACACCGGAGAGAAACCGUAUUGCUGUUCUGAAUGUGGGAAACGAUUCUCUGACAGCAGCACUCUUAGACAGCACACACGAAUUCACACCGGAGAGAAGCCAUUUGGCUGUUCUGAAUGUGGUAAACAGUUCUCACAAGUGAGCCAUCUUCACAUCCACUCAAGAAUCCACACCGGAGAGAAACCCCAUUGUUGUCCAGAAUGCGGCAAGCAAUUUUCACUACUAAGACAUCUCCAGAGGCAUACAAGAAUCCACACUGGAGAGAGGCCUUAUUGCUGUUCUGAAUGUGGCAAACGAUUCACUGACAGUAGUGCACUUCGCCAGCACACACGAAUCCAUACCGGAGAGAAGCCAUAUUGCUGUUCUGAAUGUGGUAAACGAUUUUCGCAAGCAAGCAAUUUUCAAAUCCACAAAAGAAUCCACACAGGAGAAAAACCUUUUUGCUGUUCUGAAUGUGGCAUACGAUUUGUCAAAAAUAUUAGCCUCCAAAGACACAUUUUAAUUCACACUGGAGAGAAAGUGUGACGGUGCCUGUUGUGUUUGGAUCAACAGGAGUAUUGAACUUUCAGGUCCAUGUUGAAACUUUACCGAGUUAUGAUUUUAUAGACAGAUUGCUUAAGUAAGUAUUAUUAGCGACAAUGCUGGUGCCACACUAAGCCCUUGCUGUAAAUUUAAGAGAGUAAGACGCAAAGCAGUAACACUGAACUCUCCUCACUAAAGAGCGGGUUCACUCCUCUUUGAUAGUAAGAAAACAUGGAGAAAUGAACCUCAAUAGACUCUCUCGAAUGUGGUAAAUGAUGUGCAGGAAAAAGCAGAAUCCUUAAUGACAAACUGGUUUGGGACUUUACACAAUACCUAAAAUGAUAUGGUCCAGAAAGAUAUUCCAUUAUCUGUAUGCUGAUUGGGUUUUUGAAAUGCUUCCUAGUAAUUAUAUGUUAAUUAACCUAGCGUAAUAAAGGAAGUGCUCUGUUA